AUGCUCUCCUCCUCCAACGCGCUCGCCAAGGGCCCCGCCGCCGCCGCCAUCGCCUCGAUGGCAUACCAGCCCGCGCUGCGGCAGCAGCUCAUCAGCCAACGCCUCGACCGCCGCCCGUUGCGAACUAGGCCAACCAGCCCUCGCUGCGACAGCCUCGCCGCGCUGCUCGAGCUCGACGUCGAGACCUCGUACCACGCCGUGCAGGCCAUCGCACAGUUCGCGGCCGACGAGCGCUUCCGGCAGGUUCUGCCGGAGGCGGGCGCCAUCGGCCCCCUCGCCGGGCUGCUGUCCUCGCCGCAGCCGCACGUGCAGCACUGCGCCCUCUCCGCCGUCGCCAACCUCUCCUUCGUCCCGUCGGCGGUGGGUCCGCUGUGCCAGAGCGGCGCGCUGACAGUGGUCGGGCAGAUGCUCUUCUCCCACGACGCGGCGGUCGGCGGGCACGUGGCGCUGCUCACCCAGCUCUCUUCGCCGUCGCCCGACGCGCAGAGCCAGGCGGCAAUGUCCAUCGGCCACAUGUGCCGUCACCGUCCGGCGGUGCAGGCGCUUCUGCAGGCGGAGACGGUGCCGCUGCUCUCGCACCUCCUCCACUCGCCGCACCCGGCUGUCCAGCUGCAGACCGUCUACGCGCUCGGCGCGCUGGCGGCGGAGGAGGAGGCGGCGGCGAGUGCGGUGCAGGUCGCCGGCGCCGUGGCGCCGCUGACGACGCUCCUCCUCUCGAGCGGCGCCGUGGAGGUGAAGCAGCACAUCGCGCUCACGCUGGCGCACACCGCUUUGCUGGACGUGCUCGCCGCCGGCGCCGAGGCGGAGCGGCAGGACAACCCCGGCCUCCCCUCGGCGCCAUCGCGGCGCCCUCUCGGCUGUAGGAAGCGAGGCGGCGCGCUGCUCGCCGAUCUCAACUCGAUCUCGGCCAUCGUCGGCCUUCUCAACUCACCGAACGAGGGGACGCAGCAGAACGCCGCAAAGGCGCUCGCGGCGCUGGCCGAGGAGGGCCCAUCCUGCCGCGAUGGUGCGGUCGCGGCGCUGGCGGAGGAGGAGGCGGCGCGCGAGACGCUCUACCGCCUCGGCACUCUCUCCCACGUGCGGCCGGACGGGACGCGCGGCGGCGCCGCCAACCCGGACGCGCGCGUGUCGAUGGUCCGCGUGGUCGCCUCCUUCGCCGCGGACGCGCGCCGCUGCUGCAACGCGCCGCGGGCGCGGUACUGCAACAUGCUGCGGAUCGCGAUCCAGCCCCUCGUGGCGAUGCUCUCGGCGGGUGGCGCAGAGGCGACUGUCCACGUCGCCCGCGCAGUCACCUCCCUCUCCGGCGCGGAGCCGAACCGGGACGCCUUGCGCGACGCGGGCGCGCUGCCGGAGGGGUGGGUGGCGGAGCGGCGGCCGUCAAUCGGCGCGCUGCCGAGGAUGGCGGAGCUGCUGCUGCAUGACGAGGAGGCGGUGCAGCAGGCGGCCGCGGCGGUGCAGUGCGUCGCAAACCUCGGCGUCGAGGCGUCAGACGCCAAGGCCUUCCUCGCCGCGGGAUGGCACCUCUCGCUCAUCUCGCUGCUCUCGGCGUCGUCCGCCGAAGUGCAGGGCGCCGCCGCCGCGGUGCUCGGCAACCUCUCUUCGGUGCCGGAGUUCCGCGACGCGCUCCUCUCCGACGGCGCGCUGCAGCCGAUCCUGCAGCUGCUGCACACGAGCGCGCUGCCGGCGCGGACGGCGGCGGUGCGUGCGCUCGCCAUCAUGUCGCAGCAGCUGAUGUCGCCGUCGCUUCCGGCCGAUGACGCGGGCGCCGCGGCGUUUGUGGACGCUUUCUUCGCUGCCGACGCUCUGCCGACAUUGCUCGCCGCCCUCGGCGACCGGAGACGCCGCGCUGGGCGGGGCGACGAGAGGCCGCGCGAGGGCGUCGACGGCGGGACUGCCGAACGGGAGGCGGUGGCGGUGCUGCUGCUGCUGCAGUCUCUCUCGGGCGGGCACGGCGGCGUGCGGCCGCGGCUCGUCGCGGGCGGAGCUGUGGAGGCGCUGCUCCGCUUCCUGCCGGCGGCGGCGCGGUACGACAAGGGCGCCUCCACGGGGGAGAUGGCCGGAGGCGUGCCCACCCUGCUCCGGCUGGUCGAGUCGAAGAAGCCCGCCGCCGUCGCACCCGCCGCGAGGGUCCUCGCCAACUUGCUUCGCGAUGAGCCGCCGGCCGGGCUCCCCGAGGCGGCGGUUGCUCCGGCGCUAGUGCAGGCCCUGUCGACGGCGAAGCCUUCCGCUGUGGUUGACCUGCUCUCCGCGCUCUCCCACGUGCACGGCGUCUGCAGGAACGCCUUUGGCGGCGCGGUGCUCGCGCAGCUUGCGGCCGGGCUGCUCAAGGCGGUCCAAGACAAGGAGAACCACGAGGGGUGCCUCGCCUCCAUCUCCCUCCUCUCGCAACUCGCGCUGCGGCCCGAGCCGCCAGAUGCGCAACACGGAUCUUGUAUCCAGCCAGCGCUCGAGAGGACACGUGCAGAGACGACACGCGGGCUCAGCAGCACUCGAGCCGUGUUCGAGCUGUGCACUCACUCUGCUCGUGUAUGCCCGAUCCGCCCUCCCGCCCCUUACCGCCCCGAGGCUGGUGCCUCCACGCCGCAGGCCCGAGGCGCGCGCUGCCCUCGCCGAGGCUGGCCUCGCCCCGGCGCUCCGCGAGAGCGCGGCGGCGGGCUGGCGCUGCACCGAGCUCCUGCUCGGCGUGCUCUCGGCCACUUCCUAGACACUUCCUAGACACUUCCUAGACACUUCCUAGACAGCACAGAGCUCCUGCUCGGCGUGCUCUCGGCGGCGAGCAUGCCGGGGCCAUGCAGUCGGCCCAUUCCGUGACUGCCGACCGUUCCGCUCGUCAGGCAUCCUCUCGGCGGAGGAGGCGGCGCCUCAGGCCAGCCGCCGCUCCUCGUGCUCCGACCCCUCGCCGCACGCC